AACCUACCUUCCUUAGUUCGCCUGCCUAAGUGUGAGUACAUCUGUAUAUUUAUCAUGGAAUCAACAAUAACAUCAAGUUCACUAUUCGAUGCUGAUUUCGAUAAAAGCCAACUUCCACCGAUCGACCAAAAGCGGUUAGUGACUUUUAUUAAUCAUUUUCUUAUCGACACAACGAAGUUUCUUAAUUCAUUCCUUGUCAAUUGUGAGAACAAAUUCGUUACAUUGGAAAGUCGAUUGCAGAAAAUUAACUCCGAAUUGACUAUCAUCGAAUCGAAGGUUUUCCAAGGUGAACUCAAAAAUGCGGUGCCUGUAGACGAUCCAGAAACCGAAAAUCAGACACAGGAUACUGUCGAUCAGAAAAGUGUCAGCGACUCAGACAAUUCCAAUCAAAAUACGUCAACAGAAGAUGACAAGGCCGUACAAGAAACGUCAACAUCCAGUCCUGCAACGUCAGAGGAGACUGGAGUUCGAGUUUGUGAAGACGCUCGGUACGAUAAAUACUUCAAGAUGAAACAGUUUGGUGUGCCAGCCGAAGCUGUUAAGUUGAAAAUGUCUGCAGAGGGUUUGGAUCCGUCAUUGUUGGAUCAACCGAAUCGUAUACUUGAAGACGGCGUCAAGAAAACCGUGGUCUUGGAAGACGAAUAAAAGUCUUGUUCGUUCCUUCAGCAAAUCAUGAAUAAAUUCACCGUCGAUUAAGUCGAUUAAGUUUAAAGAUUUUAUUUUACUGAAAUUGUUAGCUAGGCCCAGGCCAAUAAAAUUUUGUA